GUAAUUAUUUACUAAAAGUGAAUAGGGCUGUUAGGAGGAAGAGAAGUGGGGAAGUGACUAGAGUUCACAUAGAAGAGGAAAAGAGUGACAUCCCAGGAUUACAUAAACUGUCAGAGGCUGCCAAAGAAGAUAAAUAAGCUGGUGGAAACUGGGAGCCCCAGAGCACCAGCUCAAUAGGAAAGAAAACAGCUGCUCUCUGCCACAGAACUUCUCCGAACUUACCGACCAUGGAGUGCGUGCUCUGCUUGUUACUGUUCCUACUGACGCCAGUGCACAUCUCUGCCAACAUGCCGGAGCCCUGCGAGCUGGAGGAGGACGCAGUCCACUGCGUCUGCAACUUCUCAGAUCCAAAGCCGAAUUGGUCCAACGCCUUGCAAUGUAUGUCUGCGGUGGAUGUGAAGUUCUACGGCGGGGGCCGCAGCCUGGAGCUGUUUCUAAGGCGUUUGGACCCCAGCACUGACCUGAAGGAGUACGUUGAUAUUGUCAGGUCUCUGCGCUGGCAGCGGCUCACGGUGGGAGGGGUACGGGUGCCUGCUCCGAUGCUCUUCGGAGUCCUGCGAAUGCUAGGGCAUUCCGGCCUCAGCGAGUUGACCCUGGAAGACCUAGAGGUGACCAGCACCACGCUGCCACCACUUCUGGAAGCCACAGGGCCUGAUCUCACCACCCUGCGUCUCCGCAACGUGUCGUGGGCGACAGGGGAUGCUUGGCUCGCAGAACUGCAGCAGUGGCUCAAGCCUGGACUCAAGGUACUGAAUAUUGCCCAAGCACAGUCGCUUAACUUUUCCUGCGAACGUGUCCGCAUCUUCAGAGCUCUUACCACCCUGGACCUGUCAGACAAUCCUGGACUGGGCGACAGCGGGUUGGUCUCGGCUCUUUGUCCCCAGAAGUUCCCGGCCCUCCAAGUUUUAGCGCUACGCAAUGCGGGGAUGGAGACGCCCAGUGGCGUGUGCAAUGCGCUGGCGAAGGCUGGUGUGCAGCCGCAAGUACUAGACCUCAGUCACAAUUCGCUGCGGAAUACAGUAAGCCCAGGAGCUCCUGGGUGUGUGUGGCCCAGCUCGCUAAACUCCCUCAAUCUGUCAUUCGCCAGGCUAGAGCAGGUGCCUAAGGGGCUGCCAUCCAAACUCAGCGUGCUUGAUCUCAGUUGCAACAGGCUUAAUAGCAAACCUCGGCCAGAUGAGUUGCCGAAGGUGGAUAACCUGUCACUGAAAGGGAAUCCCUUUCUGGACUCUGGAACCCAAGAGUACACCAGGAAUUCAGGCAUGGGCCCAGCCUGUGCGCGUUCAUCCCUGGCGGUGGGCAUAUCGGGGACUCUGGCUCUGCUCCAAAGAGCCCGGAGAUUUAUCUAAGGCCCAAUGGGGGAAAAAAAUGAAUGGACUUACAUUGCCCUGGCUUCUGCGGGGGGUCCCAGUCAAGACGAAUCAGCACUUCUUGACGAACUAAUCCUCUGCCUUACAUUUAUUAAAAUCUGGAAACCACAAUGUUUAAAAAAAAAAAGUAAAUAAACGAAUAAAAUAAAGAAUGGUAAAGGGCUUGCUGCCAAAUUUGAUGACCUGGUUUUGAUUCCCAGGAUUCUCAUGGUGGAGGAGAAACAAUUUCUACAAGCUAUCCUCUGUCCUCUACACACUAUACACGUUCUGUGGUACAGGCAUGUGCACACAAUAAAUAAAUAAAUAAAAUGUAAAAAAUUUAAAAUA